UGAAGAGAGAGGGACGCUGGUGAAGCCCUAGGAGCGAGCAACGAAUAGGAGGGGGAGAAGCAACGAAGAGAAGGAAGACGCGCAAAUUUAGAGAACACUGUUCGCGGGCAGAAGAUUCAACUUUUUUGAAAAGCUCGCGUCGAGCAAGGAUAUACUGAGGAGGUUGAACAAGGUCGCGAGGAGCUUCAGCAGGCGAGAGAGAGAGAGAGAGAGAGGGGCAUGCGUGUGUUUCCCCGUCACCGGAGCAGCGAACUACACCCACGCCCAUCGUCUGCUCUGCUCCCGAAAAUUGCCGCGCCGGCUCCCUCUCUUUCUUUCUCUCUCGUGUCACGAGCGGGCCCGGGGGGAAGGGGCGCGGAGCCCGGUGUUGAGAAGAUCAGCAGCAUCACAUCGCCGACGCACGCGUCUCCUGAAGAGAACGGGGACGUGUGCAGCGUUGACACGCGCGCUCGCGCAGCAGCUGUAGUAGAACCAGAUCCGUCGCGCGGGAGAAGGCUCGGCGAGGGUUUGUUUGCGAACGGACAAGAGAAAAAGUUACGGAAAGGGGAAGAAGAAAGCAAGGAGUGGAAGGAGGAGGAGCAGAAGACAGCUCUGGCGAUGGCGGAAGGAACUGCGAAUGGCGCCUGCGAUGUCGUUGGCGAUGCGUAUGUGGGCGCAACGCCUUCGACUGCAGUAUCGUCGUACACGCCGAAGAUCAUACUCAUAACUGGCGCUGCCGGUUUCAUCGCUUCUCAUGUGGCCAACCGUCUGGUCCGCCUCUACCCCGAGUACAAGUUUGUCGUUUUGGACAAGCUCGACUACUGUUCCAACUUCCGUAACCUCGAGCCGUCCAUGCGGUGCACGAACUUCAAAUUCGUGAAGGGCGACAUUGCCAGCGCGGAUCUGGUCAAUUACCUUUUGCUGACGGAGAAGAUCGACACCAUCAUGCACUUCGCCGCGCAAACGCACGUGGAUAACUCUUUCGGGAACUCGUUCGAGUUCACGAAGAACAACAUCUACGGGACCCACGUGCUUCUGGAGGCGUGCAAGGUCGCCGGAACCGUGCGGCGGUUCAUCCACGUCAGCACGGACGAGGUGUACGGGGAGACGGAGGCGGACGCCAUCGUCGGCAAUCACGAAGCCUGCCAGCUGCUGCCCACGAAUCCCUACUCGGCGACGAAGGCGGGAGCGGAGAUGCUCGUCAUGGCGUACGGGCGGUCGUACGGUCUCCCCUUCAUCACGACGCGUGGCAACAACGUGUACGGUCCCUGCCAGUUUCCGGAGAAGCUGAUCCCCAAAUUCCUCCUGCUGGCGAAGGCGGGGCGGAGCCURCCCAUCCAUGGGGACGGCUCGAACGUGCGCAGCUACCUGUACGCGGAAGACGUGGCGGAGGCAUUCGAAGUCGUCCUUCACAAGGGGGAGGUGGGGCACGUGUACAACAUCGGGACAAAGCGGGAGAGAACGGUUCUGGAGGUGGCCACGGAGAUCUGCAAGUUGAUGGGCCGCGAUCCCAACACGACAAUCGAGUACGUGGAGGACAGACCGUUCAACGAUCACAGGUACUUCUUGGACGACGCCAAGCUCAAGGCCUUGGGAUGGGCGGAGAAGACGCCGUGGGAGGAGGGUCUCAAGAAGACCAUGGACUGGUACCUCGCCAAUCCGGACUACUGGGGGGACGUGUCGGGCGCGCUGGUGCCGCAUCCGAGGGGGAUGAUCUUCGGCGGGGAGAAGGCCAUGCUCCUCGGAGACGAGGAGGACGAGKGGAGAGAGGGCGCCGAGAGGCGUGUCGUCGCCCCCCUUCUGUCCUUGACGCCAAGGGCGAUGGCGGCCAAGGACUCGUGGAACGUGCUCCCGAAAACUCCGACGGGGAUGGUGGUGCCCCCCCGUCUUAAGAUGGGCGGCGGCUUUGUCGCCAUGAAGGCGCUGAUCUACGGCCGCACGGGCUGGAUCGGCGGGCUGCUGGGCAAGCUGUGCGAGCAGCAGGGCAUUCCGUACGUGUACGGGUCGGGUCGCCUGGAAGACAGAGCUUCGUUGGCGGUCGAUAUCGUGGCGGUCAAGCCCACUCACGUCUUCAACGCGGCGGGCGUGACCGGAAGACCGAACGUGGACUGGUGCGAGAGCCACAGGGAGGAGACCAUUCGCGCGAACGUGAUUGGAACCCUCAAUCUCGUCGACGUGUGCAAGGUGCAUAAUCUGCACGUCACCAACUUCGCGACGGGAUGCAUCUUCGAGUACGACGACGCACACCCCCUGGGCUCGGGCGUUGGCUUCACGGAGGAGGAGAGGGCCAACUUCGCGGGCUCCUUCUACUCGUUCACCAAGGGCAUGGUCGAGGAGCUCUUGAGAGCGUACGACAACGUGCUGACGCUGCGCGUCAGAAUGCCGAUCACGUCGGAUCUGACAAAUCCCAGGAACUUCAUCACGAAGAUCACCAGGUACGAGAAGGUGGUCAACAUUCCCAACUCCAUGACGGUGCUGGACGAGCUGCUGCCGUACGCCGUCGAGAUGGCAAGGAGAGGCUGCAAGGGCAUCUACAACUUCACCAACCCCAUGCCCAUCAGUCACAACGACAUCCUCGAGUUGUAUAGGGAUUACAUCGACCCCACUUUCAAGUGGAAGAACUUCACGCUGGAGGAGCAGGCCAAGGUCAUCGUCGCGGCCAGGAGCAACAAUGAGCUUGACGGGACCAAGCUCAAGAAGGAAUUCCCGGAAAUGCUCGACAUCCGGGACUCGCUCAUCAAGUACGUCUUCGAGCCCAACAGCCGGGGACGCAAGUCGGCGCCUAAGCCCACGGCAACGAAGCCCACGGCAGAGCAUAUGGCAGAAGACACCUCUGUCACGACGGCCCCGCCUUGCGCUGCUGCUGCUGCUGCUGCUGCUGCUGUUAACGGGCACCUGGGCACCGUGUGCUAGACCUGAUCUCCUAAAAUUUAAUUUAUUCCCCUCUCCAUCUCUUCCUGCGGGUCGUUUUUCGACUCCCACUAAACCUCGGUCCCUGUCCCGAGAAGGAACGCAUAUGCGCUCACAAGAGCACGAGCCUGAUCUGUUGUGUUUUCAACUGUCUGUAUUCGGGAAUAAUUGCUGGGAAGAGGGAAAGAUCAAACGGUCGGUGGGCGUGCCAUAAGACAUGCCCUUGCUGGCGGGCGCUUUGCGGAGAUCUCACAAGUGCGGCGAUGGCGAGUGCAUGUCGCUUGCUGAUUCUUAUUGCUCUUCUUCAAGUGGGCACUGUGUGCUAGACCUGAUCUCCUUCAAUUUACUUUAUCCCUCCCCCAUCUCUUUCUCUUGGGUCGUUCUUCGACUCCCGCUGAACCUUAGUCCCUGUCUUGAGAAGGAAGGCAAAUGCGCAUGCGCUCACAAGAGCACAGGCCUGAUCUGUUGUGUUUUCAAUUAAAUCAACUCUGCUGUCGGAACAAGUGCUGGGGAGAGCGAAGAUCAACUGAUGGGUGGGCAUGCUAUAAGUGACGUCCUUGCGGACGCUUUGCUGGGAUGUCAUAAAUGAUGCGGAUGGAGAGUGCACGUCGUUUGCUGAUUCUUCCUGUUCUUUUUGAACUGUCUAAUUGAACUUUAUUUCUUUACGUUGGGUAAUGGUGAUACGACCAUUUGUCAUUAAUCAUUAAAUCAGAGGAAUAAUACUGGAAGGUUCACCUGCCAGCUGACGGGGCAGGAUCCUCGACACGAAACGCUUCCAAUUGGACGCUCGACAGGUUUGGUUAUGCAGAUGGUGGCGAUUCUGGUUUGGCUUCGUAACGGCCGCUGCGUUGUUGUAAAGAUCAACGGACGUGGUUAACCCAGAACAUCGCGUGCGUGUCGACCAGGUCAGGACUGCACAAUUGACCUUACCUUAGCCGGCCGGUAGGGGCGUGAAGGAAAUUUGGCACGGGUACCGGUAGGGGCAUAUUUUGAACAUAAUUCGAGUUCAAGUUCGAACUGUGGUGAGUGGUAGAAGCGGGGGGGACAUUCCCCACCGCAGUUUUCUGAUCAAGAUUAUUUCUCUGGUUAUCAGUCGGAUUGCUCGAUUGGAACCGGAGCUGUUUAUUUGCCGCAUUGAACAUUAUGUUUUUUUCGCUGCGUAUUUUUCGUGCUCAGCGUUGAAUA